CUUUGUGUUAUUUCCAAACAAUAAAACAAUAAAAUUAAAAAAAAUAAAAAAGGAGCCGAUACAAUCACGUGAUCACACGGCGUAAUUCAAGAUGGAGACCGAGCGAUUUGGAGGCUUCACUGUGAGCUAGCUGGCUGUUUACAAUAAUCACAAUAUGGCAAACACGACGGACUACUGGACGUUUUAACGCCGAUUCAAAGAGUCGUAACCUCACCUGAGAGGGGUUUUGGGACCACGAUGAAGCGAGAGUUUGUUUUGUAAACACAAGACCACCUGAAGAAUAUUUAAGAUAAGAGGUAGCAAGAGGAGAAAACUGUCAAUGGUCAUCAUCACAAACCCAUUUUAACACACACACGAGAGAGAGAGAGAGGAGAUCGAUAUGGCGCUGAGAGAGUUAAAAGUGUGUCUUCUGGGGGACACUGGGGUUGGAAAGUCGAGUAUUGUUUGGAGAUUCGUGGAAGACAGCUUUGACCCAAACAUCAACCCAACAAUUGGGGCAUCCUUCAUGACCAAGACAGUGCAAUACCAAAACGAGCUGCACAAGUUCCUGAUCUGGGACACAGCAGGACAGGAGCGGUUUCGUGCUCUAGCCCCGAUGUACUACAGAGGUUCAGCUGCGGCUAUCAUUGUUUAUGACAUCACAAAAGAGGAAUCCUUCCAAACACUGAAGAACUGGGUGAAGGAGCUGCGCCAGCAUGGUCCUCCCAAUAUAGUGGUUGCGAUCGCUGGCAACAAAUGUGACCUUUCAGACGCCAGGGAAGUGCCAGAGAAGGAUGCCAAGGACUAUGCUGACUCCAUCCAUGCCAUCUUUGUAGAAACCAGUGCCAAGAAUGCCAUUAACAUCAACGAGGUGUUUAUAGAGAUAAGUAAGCGCAUCCCCGUUGUAGACGCGGCAGGGGCAACUUCAGGAAAAGGUUUCAAACUGGGACGGCAGGCCUCAGAGUCUCGCAGGACGUGCUGCUGAUGAUGCCGGUGACUGUCCCCCACAUGACCUGUGACCUGACCUUCGUUUACCCUCGGCCUGCUUCAGCUUACAGCCACCACACACCCUCAAACACCCAGCUAUCACUGACACCAGGAUGCAGCAUUGCCAAACAGAUGGCCGCAGCGAAUGCGUUUUUUUGCGGCACUCAACAACAGCAAAUUGUCAUGUAUCGUAUGAAAAUUCCUGGCAGGAGAAAUACUUCAAGUUUACUGAGAAUUGCUUUAAUACAUUGAUGUGUAACCGAAGGACCCCCAUACAUAUAAUUUACUGGCUUCCAUUAUGGACAUCAACCUCUGUGUGGUGUAUUAUAGCCCCUAGGUUGAUCAGAGGAAGUACACAGAUACAGAUUCAUGGAUUCAGAAGUAAUUUGUACCUGUAAAUUUGUACAAAUCUAUUAUCUUUCAACCAAAACAUGGACUGAAAAUGGUUCAAUUUCACCAAAUUAUUUUGAUAGCACUUAAGUUAUUGCCUUUUGUUUGUUUGGGAGAUCUCUCCCCAAACGUUCUCAUCUUUGUGAAGGAUCCAUCUGUACAGUUAAUGUGUGUAAUCACUAAUUUAUCAUACGAUUUUGAUGAAAGAGGUUCUGGUAGACAUCAGUACCGAGCUCUCAUUUCAAUUUUUUUGCUUUUUGGAAGGAUAUUUGGAGGGAUGUCGGUGAUUCCCAGUCUAGCACGUUUAAUUUACAUUUUUAUUCGUGAUUGCUGUUUUUCAUCAAAGAUGCUUUUCAAGGCAAAAUACCAAGUGGAUGUUUUAAGGGUAAAUUGCAGAAAUGAUAGGUGUGUGUGUGGGAGCUCACUUCCACACAGUAAAAGAAUUGUUUGACAUUUUGGGAAAUAUGCUUAUUCAUGCUCUAGCCUAGGGUAAUAUGAGAAUAUCAAUACCAUCACGUCUGUAUGGUAAAUAUGUAGCUGGAACCAGCGGCUGGAAACAAGAGGGAAGUAGCUAGCUUUGCUCUGUUCAAAGGUAACAAAAUCCACCUUCCAGUACAUCUAGAGCUCAUCAAUUAACACAGUACAUCUUGUUUGAUUAAUCCGUACAGAGAACUAAGUGUGAAGACAACAAUUUGCUGUUUUACUUGGAGUUAUAUGCCAGACUAUUUCUUGGCUCUGAGCAGCUGCCGUACAACCUGCGGAGACUCCAGUAGGUUAUUGGUCCCAGCCAAGAAAUAGUCCGGCACAUAAACCCCUUGUAAAAUAGAAAAUUGUUGUUUUUAUACUUUGAUUUUUUUACUGAUUAAACAUUCGAGAGAGAGCCGGGUGUUUACCCCUGUAUUUCCCAAACUAUUCUUUUAAUUGUGAACUUUGUUUAUUCUUUAGCGACAAGAACAGUUGUACAGUCCACAUCUCCCACUGAUGGAGCUUUAAUCAGGGCUGAAAAUUCUGAGUCUUUAAGUUUAUUAUUAUAAGAUAACAGUCCCAGAUGCUCACAUGUGUUACACUUUUACUGAAAAGGUGUUAACUCAAACCUGAAUAUGAAGUUCCCCCUAGUGCACACAGUGUACUGCCAGCUGUCUCACAACAUUACUUUAGCUUUAUUUUUCUCUAAUCUAAUUUUCCUCAAGCCUUUGCUGCUACUUUACAGCAGUUUUAUGAUAUAUGUGAGGUCUUGCCAAAUUCUUUAAUUGUCCCGUAAACAUUUUUCAUCUUUAGGUUGGUUUUUUUUUUUCUUUAAAUCAGCACUGGCUCGCACACGCAGUGUUGUUUUACUACCUGGCCUGCGAUGAAAACAAUGAGAUCUGGAAACUAAAGAUCGUUUAGAGGAAACUCCGAUUUUGGAGCUUAAAUUUCCUCUCUGCGGAACGUUAUAGGUGCCGAAUUAGACGUGGCACUGUGUCGACAUGCUGACCUCUUAAUGAACCUUAGUCUCCAUUCUGCUCUGAAUUACUGUUCGUGCUUUCUUCCAAGGUCUGCCUUCUGAUUUUCCUUUCUCCCAACCCCUUCUUUUGACUCAUUCCUCUAAAUCCCAGGCACUUACUGCGUGUCCAGCUUUCGUUUUGUUCCAGACAAAUCUGGUUCACUCUACGACAAGAGCUCCAGAUCAUCCUCUUACAUCCAUGAAAAUACUCUGCGAUCUUUGCACCAUGUUAAAGUAGUUUGAUUUACCUCUGAUAUCACCCUAAUUGAACUUCAGUAGCAGUUGACUCAUGAGCCCCCACAGACUUAUUAAUUCUGUGUAAUUCCUUGCGUGUCUGUAUCUCUUGAGUCCUUUUAGCCCCAAAACUUCUUUUUAAAAGUUGCCAAAAAAUACUGAUGUGGGCUCAAUUAGACUGCAUUUCCAUAUUUAUAAAUUUGGAUUGUGUGCUUUUCUGUCAGCGAAAGCAACUUUAUUUGCCUGUAAGCAUCUUAAAUGUAUCUGUUUUUUGAUGAGUCGUGUGCUAAGCAGUGCUGCCUAUUCCUUCAGGAUUUCCUUAUCGAGUGCAAUAGUUGUUAUUAUGACAAAGGUAAAAUGUGACCUAAUCAAAGAAACCAGUUACAGAGUGAUAUGUUCACACAGGUAGAGCACACACUCAUGCACAAAUGUGAUCUCAUGCCCUACAGUCUCUCAAACGGACGAUAAUGACGGGUUUAUAUUGACCUCAUUUUAUGCUGAUUUGAAGACAGUUUAGCUCGUGCAUAGUUCAUCAAAUGAGCGGUGUGAUGGGGCCAACCAAAUCCCUUUUUAAAAACCAGAGUAGCAUUCUAGGUCAAAACUUUAAACUUCAAGCAAUGGAUUUUGAUUCACGCUGCUGUCUUUGAUAAUUCGCCCUGCACUACACGAUAAUACUAACUCUAGCUAGUAUUUAACAUAGCUUCAGCAAUCACGUCACAAAAAGGGAAUCACUCUGGUACUUUUGAAAGCUGCACUUUGACUGUUUGUAUUCUUUGGCCCUUAUUACUAACUAACACCCUGUCUGCAGUCUGUUAUUAUCUCUGUGAAACAUUCUCAUAAAAGGUAACAGACUCCUUAAUGUCCUUUUGAUGUUAUUUUAGGUUUUGACUGUUUGCUCAGUUCUUAUUGCUGCGAAGAACACGGUGGCAAAUAAUGUCAAAGCCAUUUUACUACACCACGCAUAAUUAACCUUUUUUUUUUUUUUAUUGUCGAUGUAACAGUGAUUUAAAGUGCUAAUCACAUAAAUGCUUAUUUGAAGUUUGAUAAUGACAUACAUGUUUUUUUCCCUUAUUUGAAAACAGGCAUGGAUAGAAAUUGUAUGCCAGUUUUUGCAUUGAAAAAUACCAAUAGUCUUGGGCUGGCCCUGGGAAUGUGAUUAAUCUAUAUUAUGUAUAUUUUUCAGCGUAGGUAUAUACCAUCAAAUUGCACACAGAUCAAUAACUAUAUUCUAUUCUAAGCCAGUUGUGUGAACACAAUAGACCUGUACACCAUCUGCAGUAAUUUCAUCAGCAUUGUAGUUACCAUAUUUAGCUUUUUACUAUGUUUCAUAUUGAUUGUAACAAAAUGCCUGAAAACAGUUGUUUGCAGUGUAUUUCCAAAUGUGUAAAAGGGAAUUGUCAAUUUGUUUACUAAUAAAAGAUUGACAAAAAUA